GCAAUUAUCAUAAAUAGACUCACGUCUGAACAACGCUUGCAAAUAGUGCAAUUUUAUUUCGAAAGUAAUGGUUCUGUGCGGAAUACGUAUCACGCACUACGUUCAUUUUAUCGUAUAAUGCGAUGAAACGCACUUCUGGUUGAAUGGCUACGUCAAGAAACAAAAUUGCCGCAUUUGGAGUGAAGUUAAUCCGUUACAGUCAAUGGUGAUCGGUAUAGAGCCAUGAUUACUAACUUUUCCAUUCCUGAAUUAAACAAACAUAAUGUCCAGGAGCUGUGGUUCUAACAAGACGGCGCAACAUGUCACACAGCUCGUGCCACAAUCGAUUUAUUGAAAGACACGUUUGGUGACCGCGUAAUUUCACGUUUUGGACCUGUGAAUUGGCCUCCAAGAUCUUGGGAUUGAACAACGCUAGACUACUUUCUGUUAGGUUAUGUAAAGUCAUUGGUCUAUGCGCAUAAGCCACAAACGGAUAUCCAUUUGGAAGACAACAUUCGCUGUGUUAUUGCCGUUAUACGGCCACAAAUGUUGGAAAAAGUCAUCGAAAAUUGGACGUUCAGAUUGGACUACAUCCGAGCCAGCCGUGGCGGUCAUAUGCCAGAUAUCAUAUUUAAAAUGUAAUGCCACAAGAUAAUUUUUCGGAUAAAUAAAAUCCUAUACCUCUAAAAAAACAGCCAAGUAUGUACUUGAGAUAGGCUCGCACGAGCAAUUGGCUUCUCUGAUCUUACGUCCAUAACUAUUCGGUGGAGUAGAGUCCCAGCCAGUCAUUACUCUCUUUAAUCUACAAAGGAAGAAAUACCUAUGUACGUAUUUAAACUACCAACUUAAGACUCCAGCAGAAUAAGGCGGCAUGCUGAAGCCAGCUUUGGUAACUUUUCGUUGCAUCUUAAAUAAAAAUAUAAUUGAACUCACAAUAAACGAUUUGAGUGUAAUACAAAACGGUUGGCAUAGUAAAAUAUCAUGUCCAACAGAGAACAGUGGCAACAACCACUAUGCCACGAGGAAGCUGCUGACACUUUAGAUACUCAGCCGUAGUAUAUUAGACAGUAAAACCAGAAAACUACGCAAAUUCUCUUCUACAAUAAUAACAUCGGUGCUAGAUAAACUGAAGCAUCGGCUGUGUUUGGUAAUUGACGUUGGAAAGAACACAGCCAGAGAAAAAUAUAAACAAAACAUCGAACAAAGAAAGUGAACAUGACUCAGUUAAACACGUUCUGAUGAGCAGCAAGUUUGUCACAAAGCUGAUAUGUAUGUGCGCAGAGAACAUGGAUUCAUCUCCUCGUACGCUGGUUAAUUCGACGUAAGCGGAAGCGAAUGUAUUACGUCGAAGUUGCAUGAAAGCAGAAGCUAUUGAACGCGUUUUUUUAACUUUAAACAAUUGGCAAUUUGAGUUGGCGACUGAGUGUAGAGAUCAGUCGACUCGCGGCACAGCGACCAAGCGGACAUAGAAGUUGCAACGUCGGAACCGCAACAUUUAAAAAAUACACGCGAUAUUGUUAAUCGGGCGGUACGCUAUAGUUGUUGUUUUCUAAAAUUUUAGCGUUCAGAUACGGAUUUUGGUCCAUCACAUUUUUGGUUGAAUUAUUGAUAUUUCAUGGAAGUAUUAAAUAAUAUAAAUAAUUAAAGCCAGUUGCUGAAUAAAUAUAUAUAUACAUAUAAAAUGGCAAAAAUUUUGAAUUGGGCAGUCAUAGCCGCGGUGCUUAUUAUUUUCUCCAAAGCCAAUGUUUAUGCAAAAGCCAGCGUUACAGGGCAGAAAGUCACUGCUUCGAAUCAAUCACAGGAAUCGACGAUGCAGAGAAACAUAUAUCAUAACCCUCAUCAACAGAAUUAUCAUAAAUCAUCUUUUGUAUCUCAACAAGAAGGACGCCGGCAGCAAAGGAUCCAGUUUCAACAUCGACAAGUACAGCCAGAAAUAUUGUCCUCAUUAGGCCCUAAUACUCAAAUGAAACAGGUUUACAAUAAAACAAGGUCGACGAGACUGCGUCGCCUAAAUUCACGGAACUAUUAUAACAAUAAUAUUUCGCCACGUAGCGCUCGCAAUCAUCGAGGUAGUCCAGUUUGGAAUUAUCACAUCUACAAUGCGCAUAGCAACACGUUUGAGUCGCCAACAAGUUUGUCUACUCUUGGUGCCGUAAAUGUAGGUAGUAGUAGUGGAAAAGGCGACGACAAUACUGAUGAUGUGGAAUUUAUCAGUCAGAGUGGAAAUGACAUGACCAGACCGGAUUGGGUGAAUACUCGUCGAAGUUAUGGUUUUGUACCUCUGCAUACAACAAUUACACCAUCAACAAUUCCCCCUCCACCAUUAGUGCCGGCUCAACGAGGUUAUGUUACGGCAGCACCACCAAGCUUAAACUCGGACAUGCCGCAUACUACCGAUCAGCCAAACGAGACAAAUAGUAUCGACUCAAAAGACAUGGAAAAACGACAUAUUUGUGUACAGCAACGCACCAUCACCAUGCCAGUAAAGACAACCGAAGUCUAUGCAAGACCGAUCUGGAAACAUGUCAACACGCCUUGCAGCGCCGUUCAAGUGCAUACGCAACAUCCAAACCAGAUGUGUACCAGAGUUCAACUGGUCCAUGAACAGACUUUUCGCGAUGUCAUUCGCCAUAAGCCAUCGCAACAAGUUACAUACGACUGCUGCAGCGGUUGGGAACGUGAAUUUCCAAAAUCAGAUUAUUGCUCAAAGCCUAUUUGUAGCACUGAGUGCCAAAAUGGUGGCACUUGUACUGAACCUGAUACUUGCAGUUGCCCCGCAGGAUUUUCUGGAAAAUUUUGUGAGCACGAUAUAAAUGAAUGUAAAGAAGCGAAGCCAUGCGAUCAGACCUGUGUCAACACAAUUGGCUCGUACUUUUGUGAAUGCCGUGAAGGUUUCGUUUUACAAUUGGAUCAGCAAAGUUGUAAGAAAAUUGAUUUGCAAGAUGAUGAUGCUUUUGAAGCACGCGAUUUAGAAAAUGAAAUCGAAUUAAGCGAUAAAGAGGAUGUUAGUGAUCGUCUUCAGAAAAUUGAGCGCUCCUUAGCAAAUGAGAGGGUACAUUCAAAUGAGUUGCAGAAAUCACUUCAAGCUACUUACAGUGUUGUUGAUACUUUAAAGAGUCGCCUAAGUACUAUAGAGAAGCAGCAGCAGGAUAUAAGCCGAAUGCAGUCAAAUCUGUACCAGACAGAAUCUCGAACGAACAGGCUUGAGAGCAUGCUAAAUCUGUUAAUGAAGUGCCGAAAUGGACCUAACGCCCAUUGUCCCUAGAAAUCGAAGAAUCAGACUGUAUAUGUAUGUAAUUAAGGUAGCCCUAAAUUAUUCUAAUGACAUUCUCAUUAAUAAUUUACAUAAUUUUGUCAAUUAUCAAUUUAUGACUUCAUAUGCAUUUGACUUCAAUCUAUGAUUCUUUAGAGAUACAUACUUACGUACAUACAUAUAAUAAGUAUGGUAUAAUAUUUGUAAAUAAAUAUUCAAAUGAAAAAUUGUAUGAUUGUAAUAUGUAGAUACGUAAAUACAUAUGUAAGUAAAUUUGCCAUUUAGUAGUAACCAAAUUUACAAAUACUCGUGUAUCCAAAAAACGAUAAUAUUGCAUUUACUGACAAUAAAUAUUAUAGAUAAAAAUGAAAAAAUGAACUUUGAAAAAAAUAUACGAUGUUCUUUUUGUUUUGUUUAGUAUAAAUCUUUUGGCAGAAUCACCGUGUGUUACAAAACUCCAAUCUUACAGGAGAGCGUUUUUUAUUUGUAUUGGUUCACUGCUUCUAAAUUUCAUAUGUACAACAACAGUCAGCCAACAGAAUAUACCAGCUGAAAUUACGAAUACUUUGACACAA